AGUAACUUAACGGAAAAGACUCAGUUGAAUUUCAGACGACAUUCAGAACACAACUUAUUUUAAGAACAUUUCAAAAGCAUUGGGGAGAUAUUUUGUGAAUAUGCAACUAACAAUUCUGAAAACAGUUUUUGUCAUCAUAUUUUUUGCGCAUCCAACAGAACCUGCCAUUGGCCAGAAAUGCUCAAUGAACGACAGCUGUUCCCGCCUCUCGGAGGAGUGUGUCGAGGGAACGUGUAUUUGCAAGGAAAAUGCGGUUUUGAUGUUAGACCAAUACUCUCUUGCUCCUAAGUGUUUACUGUCUUCAUCAAAACCUUGCGAAAUUGACAAUUGUCCAGAAAAUAGUAUCUGUUCUGAAGAUAGAACUUGCAAAUGUGAUUAUGGAUAUCUCAUCGUUGACGGAAAAUGUAAAAAAGGAAAAUUUCAAGAAAUCCUCGAACCUUGCUUUGUCGAAAACAGGGAGAUUUUCUCGUGUGAUUUUCAUAAACGCAGCCUGUGCAAGUCAGGAAAAUGCGUUUGCUUUGAUGCGUUCUUCUUGGAUAAAGCCAGUGGUACGUGCAAACCCCAGGCUGAAUUCCUAAAAGCUAAUAAUCUUACAGAAUAUCGUGUCAUGCCUGGUAGCUACUGCAGGAACAACUCAGAUUGCAUUGAAGGAUUAUCCUGCGUAGAUUUUGAGUGUGCUUGCCCAGGGUCCUGUAAAUACAAGGAGGAAAAGGCACUCUGUGACUGUGGAGCAGUUAGAAUUCCCUAUGACACUAUCACCCUUGGCAUUAUCCUUGGUUUAUUGAUUAUUGAGUUUUGGAGGCAAAUGAUCAAAAGGACAAUAAAUAGACACAAGGCAAGUGUUAUGCGAGCAGCACUUGCUCAACGGAACACGACCACCGACCAUAUGGAAUUAAACCCACUUCAAACCUAGAUAUAAUCGCUAGAAACUAAUAUAAUCUUUACUAGCGUCUUAACCCCCCCUUUGUUCAAAUUAAUACAAUUUUCGUGAUUAGCUACAGAACAUCAGUGUUGUUUACGGAAAGGUACUGCGUCGAAAAAUUUCGCGAUUUGAUUCAGAACACGCGUAGUGUAAGUAAUUGUAAUAUGUCAGUAAACUAAUAAAAAACAAACUGUAACGGC